AUGUCGACUGCUAACAACUGCCAGAACUACGUAAAGCAUGCCCUUGGGGAGGAUGCCAAUGAGGAAAGCAUCCCCACGGUGGGGGUUAAUGUGAGCCCAAUUCCUGCUCAUGGCAUGAAAGUAGACUCUCAGUUUAAAACACUGAUUGAGCACCUGUACAUGCUCAAGUUCAAGCUGGAAAAAGAGAAAAAAACGCACAAGCGGAAAAAGAAAGGUCUACCAAAGGGGGGAGAGGGGGUACUGAACCAGGAAGAUAAAACAAACGCAAAAGACGCACAAAACAGGAUCCAAAUGGAGAGUGAAAAUCAGCAGAAGAGGGAGGAAACAACCAAUAGGACAUUAAUGAGGAGGGAUGAUGACCUUGGCGCAGGUGACCCAGAAGGGGAAAGUUCGUGCCCUAUUCCGCAGCUAAUCGAGACCAUCGAAAUUUAUAAACACAGAAAUGCAGAAGAGCAACGCGAAAAAAUUCACCUGAUUGAGAAAUACGAACGUGUACUGAGGAAAAUCCGAAAAAGACACAUGCACCAAAUUGGACAAAUUAGAAAUAACGUUCUCCUCGAUGUUGAUUUUUUAAUUCAAAAGUACAGGAAUGUGUCUCUUGAACUACUGCAAAUUGGUCGGAAGAAGGAGAAGGAAAAAAGGGAAGAUAACAGAAAGAUGACCGAAAUGUGCAUAGCCGCUUGUACAAAGUUUGAAGCGAAUGUGAAGGAGAGUGCGAAGACCGCCAUGCAGACGCAGCAGGCCGAAGUGGCCAAAACCAUCGGUGACGCCAAGAAAGAGAAUGCAGCCUUGAAGAAAAAAAUAUCAGAGUUAAAGAACAAAAUGGAAAAGGACAAAGAUGAGUCAGGGAGAAUCGAAUUGAAGGCGUUGCAAAAUAGAAUAAAGGAACAGUGCGCGGUGAAUGAUGAACUGAGAAGAGUCAUUUCACGAGAAAGGAAAGAAAACGAGAUGAAUCUUAUGGACCUUUAUUCGAAAGUCGAUUUGCAAAUAAAAACUUACGAGGAAAACAUCGUAAAGGUAUUCCACGAAAUCCUUCUGAGGAAUAAAAUCGACAUGGGGGUGGAAGAGUUGUCUCGCUGCAUUCAAGUGACCAUGGACACGCACUAUGGACAGGACACCACACCCGGCGGCGUGACAUGCGCUGAUCAGAGACCGUCAGCCAAUUGCGCCUCCCCGCACGCACACGAAUAA